GUGAACGGCGUUGAAAUUGACGUCACACCCCCGGGAGGAAAACGGACCUCUGCGUACCACGGCGGCAACGGCGGCAACCCGCAAACGCUCACCCUAAAGACUGGCGAGCGCAUCAAGUGCGUGGAGGCCCACUGGGGCAAGUACCAUGGCCGUACGCGCAUCCGGUUUAUCAAGGUUACCACAACUAUGGACAGGUGGAUCCAAGGUGGCACUUCCGCACCGGACGCGGCAGGAACGGACUGUGCCCCCGAUGACUACCAACUGGGCGGCUGGCAUGGGUCCUCGGGCGUGGAGCUCGAUCAGGUGGGCGCAGUUUGGACUGGGAAUUAG